CUUUGGAAUCACUGGGAAAGGAAUUGCGCCUGCGCAACCAGACGUGGCAGCGGUAUCAUGGCUUCUUGGACCCGCCACGAGAGACGGAUGAGAGAUCUCGAGAUGUAUAUUAUCGUUUUGCUGAUCUGCGUGGUGUCCACACUGCAAGCGGCGAAGGUGUCUCCGCUCAUUGAGAGAGUCAGUGACCACAAGGACUUUAAAAAGCUGCUCAGAACACGCACCAAUGUCCUGGUCCUCUACACAAAAUCUGACAAGUCUGGAGAUACCAAGCUCAAGCUUUUGUCAGAUGUUGCGCAGGCCGUCAAAGGGCAAGGGACCAUCGCCUGGGUGAAUUGUGGUGACUCGGAGGGUCGGAAGCUGUGUAAGAAAGUGAAGGUUGACCCCAGCUCCAAAAAAGGGGGAGUGGAGAUGCUCCAUUAUAAGGAUGGAACGUUUCACACAGAAUACAGCCGCCCAGAAACAUUUAAGUCCAUGGUGGCGUUCUUGAAAGACCCCACAGGUGCGCCUCUGUGGGAGGAGAAUCCCGAAGCCAAAGACAUAGUCCAUGUCGAGACUGAGAAGGACUUCCGGAAGCUUCUAAAGAAAGAAGAGAGGCCGAUCCUCAUGAUGUUCUACGCCCCAUGGUGUGGAGUGUGCAAGAGGAUGCAGCCCAUCUUCCAGCAGGCCGCCACGGAGACCAAGGGCAAAUAUGUGCUCGCAGGGAUGAACGUGCACCCAGCCGAGUUUGACGGCCUCAAACAGGAAUACAACGUCAAGGGCUACCCGACCUUCUGCUACUUUGAGAAGGGGAAGUUCCUGCAUCACUAUGAAAACUACGGAGCCACGGCCAAGGACAUUGCUGACUGGUUAAAGAAUCCUCAGCCUCCCCAGCCUAAGAGUCCAGAGGUGCCUUGGUCAGAGUCGGACUCGGCCGUCUUUCAUCUGACCGACGACACCUUCGACACCUUCCUGGAGGAGCACCCCUCGGCCCUGAUCAUGUUCUACGCCCCAUGGUGUGGCCACUGUAAGAAGAUGAAGCCGGAGUAUGAUGAGGCCGCCGAAUUCCUCAAUAAAGACCCAGACAGCCCCGGUGUGCUGGCUGCCCUGGACACCACAAUCCACAAGUCGGUGGGCGAGCGCUUCAAGAUCUCCGGCUUCCCCACGGUCAAGUACUUUGAGAAAGGAGAGGACAAGUACACCCUGCCCCAGCUCCGCACCAAGGACAAGAUCAUCGAGUGGCUGCAGAAUCCCCAGGCCCCUCCACCUCCGGAGCAGUCUUGGGAGGACAGGCCGUCCAGCGUCAGCCACCUGGGAGCCGAGGACUUCAGGGAGGCGCUGAAGAAGAAGAAGCACGCCCUGGUCAUGUUCUAUGCCCCUUGGUGCCCGCACUGCAAGAACGCUGUCCCCCACUUCUCCACGGCCGCCGAUCUCUUCAAAGAGGACCGCAAGAUUGCCUACGCUGCGGUGGACUGCACCAAAGGACAAAAUCAUGAGUUGUGCAAGCAGGAAAGUGUGGAGGGUUACCCAACUUUCAACUACUACAACUAUGGCAAAUUUCAUGAGAAAUAUAAUGGAGACAGAGGGGAGGCUGGCUUCAUUGGCUUCAUGCGCAGCUUGAGGGGGCGGGACCAAGAGAAGGUUGGCAAGCGGAAGGAGGAGCUUUAAGAGUGGUUGUGGCCCAAUCAGGGGGUUGGGGAGGGGCAAGCCUGCCAUUGCACUGUGACCUGGGCAGGAGCUCCCCACCUCAGCACUGACAUCAGAGACUUGAAAAAUCUCAGCUGGAAAAAGGCUAUUUUUGUAUACAACGGUGCCCUUACCUUUGUAAUACCAGUGUCAAACCAUCACACCACUUUGGACAUGUUUUUUUUUUUUUUGUUUUAUUUCGUUGUUUGAUUUAUGAAGCAUUUUGAUGUGAUCAUGAAAGAGAAACAAGUAUUCCCAAAUACUGUGACUGCAAAUAUCAAACCUACAUCUUUUAUCUAUGCAAUAGCCAUCUCCAGGCCCAAAGGCUUUAAGCUGUGGGUGGCCAUCUUUGAUGAGGGGAUCGGCCAUGUUGCUUUGCCACAUAACGCCCACAGUGAUCCUUCAUCAGGACUCCUCAUCACUGUCCCCCCCUUCCUCUGAAGAACAAUACAAAUAUACAUGUCCGUUAUCAAAUAUUUUUAUACUGAAAUAUCAUAUUAGGUGUCGAUUAGAAAUACAAAACAGGAAAAAAGUAUGACGAAAAGAACUUGUAGCUAAAAUCUGUGGCCUUAAUGAAUGUUUAAGCUAAACAAAAUGUGCGGUGAUCACUGAACGAAAUCAGUCCAAAUCAUUUCAAAGAUCAGACCUAUUGACUAGGUGUGUUUUUAUGCUGGAGCCAUCAUAUUCCUCAUUAUAUUUUGUUAGCUAUGGAAAAACAAAAAUUAGGUCAUGAUGUAACUUAAUGCCAAAAAGUUAGUGGGCAAUUGCGAUGCCAAAUUCAUAUCCAUUUCCUGUUCAGGGUGGAAGAGAUCCUGCAAUAUGUGUUCCCUAUCCUGGUGAAUUGACAGAACUCUUGUGUUUAUAAAGUCCUUAUCAACACUGCUUGUGAUCAACUUUUACCAUUGUAUGUAAAGCCAGUAAAUACCACAGCCAUGUUUUGUGUACAUGUAGGUGCACAUAUCAAAAGCCAAGGCGUGUAGUGCUUUUCCCUCCAGCAGCUGGAUGCUUUAGACUCUCAUGUCCAUUGCAAGGAGCUGCACCUUGCUCCCUUUGCUGCUGGACAUCUGUGCACUCGGACUCGCUGAGAUCUACUGAAGCUCAGUUGGUUGGGACAACCGUAGGGCAGACAAUCAAGGAACAUUCUUGUCUCGUUUAACCAGGCCAUCAAGUUCAACACAUCCUGGUGGUUGUGUCUGUAGGACUAGUUUAACCCCCAUGAUGUGCUCUCUGCUGUUACCCCCCCGCCCCCUCCUCCCUGUCUUCGCCUGUUGUGAAAGAUGUUGAGCUUGUGAAGUGUCUGUGCAUCCUAGCAUGCCCAUGUGGGUGCGGUUUGAGAAUGUAUAUCUCCCAGCCGUGAUGUGGUGGUAGUGACUCAAAAUUGCAGCCUGCUGGAAGUGUUCCUAGUGUUAAGACAUUAUACAUAUUUUAAAGACCAUAUCUGUAGCUGAACUUUUCUUUUGUAUUUUUCAGGAGUUUGGUUUCAUUAUGAAUAAGAUUCUCAGGGAUCACCAAACACAAUUAAGAAAGGGAGCAGGCGAGCAGCGUGAUUUGCAUUCCAGCUGGAUGUUGCAGAGCCCUAGUUGCCGAAAUGAAAUAGUUGUUUACAUUUGUCUUACAGCGGAGAGAACAAAAUGUGUAGAUAGAGGGGGUAUGGUUUACAUUCCUGAGUUGCGGCAGUGCAGAAAGUAUUAAAUAAAACAGUAAGAGCCAAGGAAAGCAGGAAAGCUGAUGUAUAUUGUUCUGGGUCUAUGAUUAACAAAAGAAAGAGAGAGAGAGAAAGAAAAAUCCGUCUUUCAAUGGCAAACCAUGUGCUGUCCUCAUACACUGUUAUUAGAUGAGAUGUGUUUCUGUGCUGAUUCAGGGUUUACGUGUUGUUAGUGUGGCAUCUGUUGUCACUGCAUUGUCCUCUAGCGAUGGUUACUGGUUUUUUGAAGCUUAUAACUGAUUACUAGACCAGCACAAGGAAGGAGAGCCUGUAACCACAGCAGGAGAGACGAGCCCUUUGAUACAGUAUGGUGUUGGGAUAUUGGGAGUCUUUCAGAAGCAGGACCACAGGCGCCAAAGCGGAAGCCCGUCUGUUUUAUCCCAAAGAUCUCCAUAUCAGGGGGAUGCCACACUAAUGCCAAGAAGUCUGUGUCGCCUUUGUUUGAUUUCCGCUCCCAGCCAUGUGUGCAGAUCUGCCCCUAGAAAUGACCACCUUAAGUAAAAUAAAGAAAACAUACAUUUCCAACA